GGCGCGGCGGCGGUGGGUCGCGGCGGUGCAGACGGCGGGCAGCUAUGGCGGUGCGAGUGGCGCUGGUUUUGUGUGCGUGGCUGACGGCGGCCGCGGCUGGAGCCGAGUUACGGGCUACCAGGACGGCUCAGUGCCGCGCUCUAUGUUUGGACGAGUAUGGCGCCGACACGAGGACGACGCACGGCGAGUGCUUCCAGAGCGCCGGCUGCCUCACGUGCUGGGAGAAGUGCGGAUCUUUGAACCCAGAGGAUGGCGAGGACACCUGGACUCCCUGCCACCUGCUACCGGACUGUGAUGAUGCUGGCUGUCGGCUGGCCUGCCAGUUCCACUCCCUGCCGCGGGCGGCGCCACCGGCGCUGCCGGCGUGCCGCCCUGAUCUGGAGCUGAGCCGUGACGGCGCCGAGGCCCGCUGGUCGCUCUCCGAGUCCGAGUGCGACCGGCCGCGCUCCGGGGUGGUGUUUCUCCUGCUGGCCGGCGCCAGAGACGGCUGGCAGGAGCUCGUACAGACACCCGCUGAGAGCGUGCUUCUGGUGAACGUCGGUCUCGACACGCCGCUCCGUUUGCUGGCCGUCGGUCGCGACGGGCCGCUGGCUGUCGCCGAACUGCAGUCCGAUGACGCGACGGCGGCGGAUGGUCGACAGAGUCACGAAAGGAAGCCCCCGUCGGACGGCGUAUGGCUGCUGGAGACGGUCUCUGUGGAGCGCGACUCGUCCUCCAUGGUGCUGGUCCAGGUGGGCUGGCAGCGGCAGCGGUCCGCCGGCGCCGCCCCACCCCAGUACCUGGUCACCUGGGAGCUGAGCGGCGGGGGCAUCAAGGGUCACCUCUACACCGAUAUCAACUCGGUGACGCUCAGCCUGUGGCCCGAGUCGGUCUACAACAUACAGGUGGAGCUGCUGUCGGUGACCUCGGAGCGUUCUGUGCCUCUGGUGAUCAGCACGUACCGCUCGGCGGUGCCGACUGAGCAGAGGGCGCUGCCGCUGGUCCACCAGGCAGCCCUGGCGCUGCUCGCUGCUCUCCUGCUCGGCGCGGUGGCCGUGGCGGUGGUCCUGGCGGCGCGCCGGUGCCGCUGGGGUCAUCUGCAGGGGGAGGGGACCGUCCCGGUCCGUCCGGUGUUCAUACUGCGCUCAGCCGGUCGUCAGAAGAGGGUGCCGUCGCCCUUGCGGAGCGUGCUGGUUGAGUCGUGGAGCCCGCCGGCGCCGGUACAUCGCGAGGUGCCCGGCAGCUGAGGGUGCGGGGAGGUCGGUCGCAGCUCUCAGCUCUCACCUCUCAGCUGCCAGUGAAGAGUGGGGUGUGUUUGAGUGUGACGCUGUGUCACUCGACACGGUGCUAUGUCCGUAUUUUCGUGGCCAUGAUUGCUGGUAGAUGAUGUAGCGCGGGAUCGAAUCAUUUCGCUUGUGUGUUCCGUUUUACGUGUGUUGUGUUUCUAAUCUUGAUCGAAUGUGUGCCAAUGCCAUGUGUGCACUGAAUCUGCUGUGGCAGACCUCUGCACAAAGUAACAUAAGUCAAUUGUGACGAUCAUCUGUGAUAUGUAAAUAUAAACUGCUUGUGUUCAGUGUCUAAUGUCCGUGAUGCUUCUUCUCGACAUAGUUACUUAUCUUGUUCGUUGACUUACCAUUUCGUAUUAUUCCAACCCUAUGCAGGAUGUCAGUUUUUUUUUUUGUUUCGAAUAGAAUGACAUCCGACUUUCUUCGCCUGGAUAGGAAUUCAGCCUUCUUUCUGCUGGAUUUUGAUGCUUGACUUACCUCAAACGUAGUGUUUCAGUUUAUGUUUUGUGUUUUGACGACAUGCAUGUAAGUACCUGCUUUGUAUAAUAUAUAUGCGGGGUUCGUAAGAAAUCCGAUGAAAGUUUUACUGUAGUUUUGAUUUUAUGAGCAGCUACGUGUCUAACACAAUUGAGUGUAGCAGUCAUAUAUUACCUUAUAAUAAAACUGCCAU